UGUUGAAUGGCCCAGAUCAUGAGUUUACAGUAGACGUUGCUGGGCGUGAGUGGGAGGAAUCUGAUAAUUUUUCAUAUUGGACCAACCACAAAAGUACAAGCGAGUUACAUUUUUCGAAACCGAUAUAUUUAAACUAUCUAGUAUGGUGUAUGGUGGCGAAAAUGUAUUAGUGGUCGAAUCGAAAAAUGUAGAAGGAUGUAGAGUUCUUCUAAAUCGUACAGAUCUUCUUCAACUGCAACGUUUAGAAUAUGCUAUUUUUUAAGCCAUCGUUCGAAAAGAUGUAUAUACAGUUCCAUUAAUUUUAAAACAAAUUAAUCAGUUACCUUGAAGAGAGAUGUUCUCGAGAAAAAUCGCCACCGAAAAAUAUCGAAGAAAGGAAAUUAUACAUUAAGAACAUGCAACUCGAUCGGGCUGAUAGGAUCGUGAAAUCUGCUCCAAAUCUUACCAGGCAAAUCCAUUUAUAUGCUGUUACACAGUUGGCCGAAAAUUGGGAAAAUCGGAUGGUGCAAAAAUCACAAGAGUCAUGUUAUGCUGAUCCAAACAUACUGUCACCCAGCUGCCCACCAAAACCCAUUAUCACCAGCUUACAGGAUGAUUCCUGUACAAUACGUGACGCAUUUGAUAAGUCGGAGGAUCAAAUUCUAGCCAAGCCGCUAGAUCAUAUUGACGGUCCACAACCCCCCUCAUGUCCACGGAUCGACAUAAGAGAGAAUAUUUGUAAAAUUGUAAAUACAAUUAUUAUUAUACCUAACAAGAUUGUUUGACUAUUUUUAAAAUGUUCAUUA